AUGAGCUGCUCACUACGGCCAGCAGCGAAACCUUAUAUUGUAGGCGCUUACAUCAGGCGUUAGUACUUCUUUUUAAAUGUUUAAUUGGUAUGGGACUUACUUAUAUUGGAAACCUUUUUAAAUAUAGGCAUACACCGUAUGGGCUAAGAGGCGAGGGCUCGAAUAUGGAACUUAAAAAUUUAAAAAGAAUUCUUUCACUUAUUUAUUAACUAAGUAAUGAAACAGUUUUCCCUCUCGAGUACGUCUUUCAAGGUAUGAAAAUGACUGCAAAAGUAAAAUUGCAAGAGUUUAGUUUUUUAGAACGUGUCUUAUAGUUUUCUUUUUAUGUUUUUAGUAUAUAGUUUUUUAGAAGGUUUUAGCUUUUGAUAUUUUAUGUUUUUAUUGCUAAUUAAGUCAGUUUACAUAUUUGUUGAGUUGUUUAAAAGUAGAAUAUUGUUUAUUUAUUUAUACAUUUGCCACAUAGAAUAAAAUAAUGUUACAGAAAUUUUUACAAAGAUUACAUAUUUACAGAGAAGGAAGAGCUUCAAUAAUAGUUCAACAUUAAAUGUAAAAUUAUGUAACUAACUUUUGUAACAGAUAAAGUGGCGAGGAAGCCCAGAAGUUGAAGUAUAUAGCUUGUAGAAAUAAGGGCUCCUCAUAUUUAAUUCUGAUUUAGUGUAAGCUACCAUAUCAUGGUCAGGCGAGUUUAAUUCAUAGCUCUCUCGAUAAGAUAUAUUUUUUUAAUGAUGUCUUGAAUCUAGAGCCGGUACCUUGUCAGCUGCGGAAGAUAAUGGGGAAGAGAGUUCCAUAGUUUAGGUCCCAGGUGAAGGAUUGUCAACUGUUUAAUGUUGGUUCUUCAGAAAUAUGGUCGGUAGUUAUUAGUAUUUCGAGGAUUAUAUGUGUGUACUUGGCGAUGAGUAACAAAGAUGGUAUUAAAAGUAUUACAAAAGAGGUUAUUGUGAUACGAGUACAUAAAACAAGCAACAAAGAACGCUUUGAUGUUACAAAUAUCAAGUAUAUUAAGAGUCCGAAAUAGAGGUGCAGUACGGGCAAGAUAUUCUGCUCCACAAAUGAUUCUGACGAUGCGUUCCUGUAUAUGUAGAGAAGCCUAUUUAAAUUGGAUCGAUACGUUCUUGGGCACCAUUCAAUCUUACAGUAGAUAAGAAAAGGGAAAACCAAUGUAUAUUAUAAGGAUAACAAAGAUUUAGAAGAGAGGAAAAAACGAGCCUUACUUAUAGUCUGAUACUUUUUUAGCAAUAUGAUUUAUAUGAUAUUUCCAAGAAAGAUGCUGAUCUAAUAAAACACCAAGAAACACCAUGUGUCACUUCAACCGGUUGCACAGCAAUAUUAUCCGGCGUAAUUGUAUCACUAACAGUAAUAGGUUUUUGCAAGGGUCGAAAAAGAAUAGGAUUUGAUUUGGCGACGUUGAGUGAUAAUUUAUUUGCCUUAGGCCGAUCAGCCAUAUUAUAUUAUAACUGUAAUUAUUAUAGACUUUAUUUAAACACGUUCGUAGUUUGAACGAGUUUUUUUUAGUUCCUUUACGUAACGAGUUAAACUAAAUGAUUGAUACUGAUUUCAAUCCCAAUAAAAAAGAAAAGAACUAAACCAGAGAAUAAAAUUCGCAAAAAUCACACCUCCUGCCCCUACUCUCCCAAACUUGCUUGAAUCUUGUAAUGCCAUUUGUAAAGCAAUUUGAUUCAUUUUGGUGCUAAAAAACGAAUAUAAGAAAUAGCUGGGCUUAUACACAUGUAUUUUAUUGACUUAAGUCUGGCUUUUUGUUUUGCAAGCAGACUUGUACUAAGUUCCUUAGUGAUAUUUUUUGUUUUGCUCAAACAUUAGCAACAAAUAUUAUUCCUCUUAUUAUCCACUUUUGGUUGCAUCAGCCACAUUCAAGACGAUUCGUCCGGGUUGAAAAAUUCAUAAGAAAAGUUUGCGAACGUCAUGCAACUUGGCUCAUAUUGCCCGACUGGUUAUAUUCCAGCUUUUUCUUGUUGUUGUUAUAUAAUGACCAACGGGGGACCAGUUUUGUGGUACACAAAACAGCCAAGCUCAUUUUGGUUUUUUUGCACAUGCAAGAAAGACGGGUCUUUGGAGGGGUAUCUUUACUUGGUGGUCUGGAGAGCCUUUUUAUGAAGGAUUUCAAGUUUGUCACGACAUAAAGGAAGCUAAAUGUUUUUAUAUAUAUAAUAAUUUUCCAUCAUUACCUCUCAUCGCCAACACCCUCGGCUUCCUUGUGGACAACAUAUCGGUGAUUUCCUCGUUCCAUCCUAAUUAAGAUAUUUUAAGCCAAGGUUAAAAGUUUAUAUUUAUCGUCAGGAUUCUGUCCUCAAGUAUCAUUUGUCAAUCAGAGAAGGCCUAUUUAUUUCAAUGCUUGUCCCACAGCCUGAUCAGUCUUAGUAGAUGCAGGAAGGAGGCUGAAGCCACUGGGUUCAACACUACUGCCGAGAAGGUUACAUUGACAUAGCAGCUUUAGGUAUGUACUUGCUUUCUUUUUUAGUAAACUAGCACAUUGUCACUUCUUUGCACUUAAUUAGUCGGGAUAAAGUCUCAUGCCAUUUCAUUUUUUGCAUCGAGCCAGCGCUUUAUAAUGAUCGUUUAACAUUACCAUUCAACUAAAACCACACCUUUUGUGAAACAUUUGCGUAGUCACUAUUUAUCUUUUAGGAUUAGGAAAAAUCGAAGUAAAAUUAGAAGGUUUUCAGAUUUCCACUUCGAGCAUCACUACUAGUAGGAGUCAAGGGGCAAUUUCUCUCAUUCGUUAACAUCACGUCAGUCGCCAUGAAUACUGCGAUGGAAACGAAGAUUAAAAAUCAAACAACGCCCAUGUUGAUUAUACCUUUCUUGCACAUAGAUCUAUAAGUUCAGGAUUACUUGUCUUCAGAUCAGCUGCAAAAACUAUUGCAUUCAAGACAAAAGACAACUUGUGUAGAAUUUUCAGGAAGUUGAUGGCUUUUUAUUAUCUUGGCAAAGAACAAUCGUCGGUUGCUAUCAAACACCUUUUGCCGCUAAAUACAUUGGAUAUUCAACUGUUACUUAAAACAAUCAACUAACAUUUUCACAGUUUAUUUGAGACAAAAGCGAUCUAGAUUCAUAAAAUCAAAGCCGGUAGUAUACUGAUCGAGGUACAAAAAAGUAACCAGACUGGCUUUGCGUUAUUGAGACUUGCAUCUUUUCGUUUUUACAUUUGUAAUAACAACGACAAAUUGUCUUGUUCAAGAGUUUUGUGGUACAACUUUAUCAUGAACAUGGUCAAGCCAUUUAACCUAGAUUCUGAAGUAGAUUCAGCGCCCAGAGGGCAUUAAAUGCGGACCAAAAGAAACAAUUUGUUACGAUUUUCAAAGCCCCUAUCAAACCGUUAUGUUAGACUGUCUAUGUUAGACAAUGUUAGACGAUGAUUUUGGGCUGACGUUGAAACUGUAUGAAUGUUUCCAAAAGUUUCAACUCCAUAGACCUGACAAAACAUCGCAGCCAACACAGUGCUCAAACGCAUUCGUUGGUCAGCUUUCUGGAUCAAUUUAAAAAGACCUUAAGUUAAUAAUUGUACACCCGCCUGUCCACAACGUUAUUACGCUUAUCUUUUACAGUUUGACUCCAAAGUAAAAAAAUCCUUCAGUCAUUUUUGUUAUUUUACCAGGAUUUCUUGGUCAAGCAGUGUUUUUAUUAACGAUGUUCCACUGUAUUAUAUUUUCUAUCGACUUUGACAUCUUUAUGAGAACCUCUUUUGUGCCAACAUUGUAUUGUUACCUUAGUUAGUUAUGUUUCCUUUUUUUUUGUGAUCGAAUUUCAGAAAACUUGAUAAUUGAAUGCAUCAGUUACGACAGAUGAAGUUUUUCCUGUUGUUCACUACCUUUGGUGUCGUCUUGAGCGCGAGUGAGUAUCUAAUGAAUAACUUACAUUAUUAUUCAUUCAAAACAUUUCCCCAAUUCUGAUUGGCUAAAAACACACGCAUAAUUCACCAUAACCAGCUGCUGAUGACCAAAUUUGGAAGAAUUUUGCGAUUAAUCAACCGAUGAUGUCAAAAAUGCAGCUUUCUUGUAGUUUAAUGCACCGUUAACCGAGAAGACCUGGGGACGAGGUUGAGUUGUUUUGGUUGUGAAAACAAAAAUGGGGAACAUUUCACUCGUUUCAAGUGUAAGAACUAGGCUAAACAAUAGCUAAAACCAUGGCUAGAACAGCGAGAAGACAGCUCGAAAAAGGCGACAUCUGCUAUUUGGAGAAUAUUUGCGGAGCUGAACAACCCUAAACGUGCACUAUGAGUCUAUGAAAGAUGAACUUAACAUCGAUGGAGGUAAGCAUGUUUUAGCUAUGUUUUUAAACAGGGAAUUAUUUCGAAUGAAUAAUUAUAAAACAGUUAUUGAAUUCGGAGGGUGUUAUCCGCCUCGGCAUACCGCCUCGACGGAUAAUACCCUCCUUGAUCUCCAUAAUUCUUCAUAAGUUACUCAGCCUCAUUCAUUAAUUGUUAAAUAACAAUAACAAUAACAACUUACAACAACAAUAUUUGUUCCUAACAUUUGCUGCAAUUGAUUAUAUUGAUUCUAGUAGUAUUAAGCGUCGAUUAAGAGAGUUCCUAAAAGAAGUUUUAAGUUAGCGGUGCUAUGCUUUGGAACCAACUUUCCACUGAGGCAAAUCUUUCCGAGUCACUCCCUUCAUCUUAAAGAAGCUCAUUAGAAUGUGGUUGGGUCGUGCCAAGCUGCGUAUAUCCUGCAUAUCGGUCUGUCUGAGGUCUAUCUGUCUGUUUGCCUGUUGUCUGUUUGUCGGUCUGUCUGUCUGUUUGCCUGUUGUCUGUCUGUCGUUCUGUCUGUCUGUAGUAGUGGCAGAAGUUGAAGUGAUUGUAGACGUAGCUAAUUAUAAUUAAUUUACAUUUGUCCUAACAUUUACGGCCUUUAUUUGUCAACACGCCCUCCAUGGAAACCUAUCAGCCAUAUAUGUUUAUGAGGUUAGCAUGUUUUUCUUCCGAUUUACCAUCAAUCAUCUCUACCUGCCUACCUUAGCCACGGUCGGCCUUAAGUUUGUUAGUUAGCUGAUGACGUUUUCAGAGCACUUGAAACCGAAGUUAAGUAACGAAUUUUUACCUCUUUUUACUUCUAAGGUAUUGUUAAUGUAUUUAAAUAUUUUUUGACGAGUUUCUUUGUAAUUUAUUACUAUCGGAUUAAUCGUUAUUAGGUCGAUAAAGAAAUCAUUUUUGUUAUUUUAUAAUUUGUACCUUUUUUUCAGCUACACACGAAGAAUGGGGCUAUGCAGAUACGAACAAUGAUGGUUUGUAUAAAGCAACAAUGAUAAUUAAUCACUUCCUUCGAUCAGUACCGGAGAAACCCGAAGUCCUUCUAAUAUUAGGGGCAAUUUGUAACAUUAUACAUGAACUAUUAAUAAUUAAAAACGAGAUAGCAAGAUAUCAAGUGCUCGUCUUGGUGUUUUUUUUGCUACGCAGAAUGUAAUUUGUUUUUGGUCCUUUAGAUUUUGGCUCAGCACAAUUUCUUCUGAACGCACUCCAAGGUCUAGAAAUAAAUUAUAUGAAAUCAAUGAUUGUUAUGGGAAUUCGUUGUUUUUAUUUGCCAUUGGUUGAAAAAAAAAGUCUCCCGCCAUCAAUUCUCAAUUGGCGAAAAAAAAAAAAAAAAAAAAAAAUGCUGACUUCUAUGUUUUCAUCGAAGUCUUCUUUCUUACUUGAGUUGCCAGCUCCUAUAAUGAUUACCCAGAGUAGUUUACUAGCAAUCUAUCGAAAACCUUGUUGUAAAAAAAGGAACAGGAACCAUGAAUUUAUCCAAUCUUGUCGUUAGUAAUUGCACCCCCACCCGGCCAUCACCGGGCAAACAACCAACACUUAAAUAGAUGAGUGGCGAAGGCACAUUUACUACCACUUAAAAAACGGAAAAAAGGACGGUUGGGCGGAUAAAAUUGAAGACUAUUUAAAAGGAUUACAAUUGGGAAUUUGAAAACUGUUCCGUCCAACAUUUUUAAAGCUGGUUAUUUUUGUUUGUGAGUCAUUCAGUUUUAACGCUCGGGAGACAUUUCUGAUCGUCAUAAUAAAAGGCGGAAAUUUUAUCAUAUAGGCACGAUUUGUUUAAACGGUAUGUUUCACAGCGAGAUUUUUAGGAUCAAAACUGAAUGGACUAAACUGAAAAAAACGUUUGUUUUAAAUGAGUCCUUUUUUGAAAUUAAUUACAGUGCUAGGCCCAGCAGACUGGAAAGAUAGAUAUGAGGACUGUGGUCAUCGAAAGCAAUCCCCAAUAAACAUCGUUAAAAGCGAGACCAUCAAGAAGAGCUUCAGUCCACUAAAAAUCACUUUCGACAACGCAAGGGGCCUUGUAACUGGAACGUUUAAGAAUACUGGACAUUCACCAGAACUUGAAAUUGCUGAUUCCAAUGGAGCUUCACUAACUGGGGGUCCACUGGGGGACAAAACUUUUGAAUUACUCCAGUUUCACGUUCACUUUGGCUGUGCUAAUGAUCGCGGAUCUGAACACACCCUCGAUGAAAAACGAUUUUCUGGUGAGGUAAGUAAC